GUCUGUGUUCAAAUUCAAACACAGAUAAGGAAAAAAAAAAUAGGUUAUGUUUAGGGCCAAAACUCCAGAUUCCAGAACUGCUCCAGAACCAUAACUCAGAGAAAAAGCUGGCGGGCGGCGGCAGAAAGGAAAUGUCAAUUCGAUUUAUACUUUGUGUGUGUACUGUGUAGUCUGUGUAGUUUGUCUUUGUACAUUGUUUUGUUUAUAUACCAAUUUCAAUAAUCAAAAAUUUCAUCCGUGCUAUAAAAAUACGUUUGAGGACACGAGAAUAAGUGGAUUAUUUUGGAAUAAAUAACAGGGAAAACAUUCAGAAAUUUACAUGAGAGUGGGUCUGGUGAUUAAUUUUUUUAGUUCAUACUUCAAUCUUUACUCUCCAGUUACUCCUCAUAGCCAUGGUUUCUUACUUUACAAUUGAUGCUACUGGCGAGAAUACGAACUUUCAGAAGGAGAUCUCGAAUAUGAUGCACGGUUUCGGCGACAAUCCGAACCCGAAUGCCGCUACAGUAGUUUUAGUAGAAGAUAUCGUACUUCAACAACUAAGAUCAAUGCUGCAAGAAGCUUCGAACUACUCAAUAUUAAGAGGCAGUACAGAAAUAUCGAAUCACGAUAUUAUUUUCUUAAUGAGAAAAAACCCUGUGAAACUGAGAAGGCUCUACAAUUAUCAGCUUAAAAUGGACCUCAUAGAUGCAACCCGUCCACAUGUUGCUAAUCCUCCGACUGCUCUUUUAACAAAAAUAGGUUUAGAAGAUGAUAAAGACAGAAUUAAAAAGAAACGUACACACACUGAUGUUAUAAGCGAAAUUGAUGAAGCAGAUGAAGUAAGUUUGGUUAAGUUUGAUGCUAUUGAUUAUUUGAGGAAAGUUAGAGCUGCUAAGAUUACAGAGUCUAUGUCCUUUGAGAAAUAUGAAGCUUACCAUAAAGCGAGAUGUAGUUCAUUUCGUUCAGGCUAUGGUUUGAAUAGAGGAUUUGUGAAACUAGAACAGUGGAUAAAUCCCACGGGCGAGUUGCAGAUAACACAGUUAGCAUUAGAAGUAUUAUGUUUUCUUGCAUAUGAGACAGUUGCAGAAUUAGUUGACGCAGUAUUUUUGAUACGGCAAGACAGUAAAAAGAAAAGUGGAGAUCCUUUCAGCAAGUUUGAAGGAGGUUACUUUUGUAAUCCGCAAAGUUUGAAUAACGCUGUUUAUAUUAAAUCUGGGUAUGAAGGUGUUCCCGCUAUCACUGUAGCUGAAGUUAGAGAAGUGUUGAGAAGAUAUUUUACACCUACGACUGGUAUUAAUGGUUUAUUUUAUAGAAAUAUGAGUAAUGAUUUGCCCGUUAGAUAUAUUGCUUUAUGAGAAUAAGCCCAUUUUUUAUCAUCCCAUGACAUUGAUAUUCACUAUGUAUAAUCCCCUAAUUACAAAACAAAUUUUACAGGAAAGUGCUUCAGAGUUUCAAACACAUGUUCUACUUAAUGUAAAGUCAUGAAAUCUAUGCUAAUAUUAUAAAGAGAUAAAGUUUGUAAAUUUGUUUGUAGGAAGUAAUCUGAAACUACUGAACCAAUUUUAAAAAUUCUUUCACCAGUUACAUUAUUCCUGGGUAAAAGACUAUAUUUUAUUUU